UACGUGGCAGAGUUCCGAUAACCUGCUACAAUCCGAACAAACCAAAACUGGUGCAACGUGGGUGUCAGGAUAUAAGCCUGGCCAAGCACCUUGGGAAAACGGCUCAAGUGUCAUUAACACUAUACAUCGGACUGCACAGCGCUAGUGAACGAAUAUUCUUGUCGCGAUCACCAUAUCAUGAGGCGUAUCGAAUAGGUUUCUAUUUUUGCCCUCUUACGUGCUGUGCUAGAUUGAUCUAAGAGCGCUGCAUCCAUGAUCACGAGUCUCCAGAAUCGGGUGGGAAGCUCGAUCAUACGUGUGUCGGCAACCGUACUUAAGUGGGAUGUCUUCUAUUUCAUUUUCGGAGGUUGCGGAUCUGCAGAUAUCCAAGUUUGCCAAUAUUGGUGCCUUCGCAAUUCUCAUAUUUGAUUUCUGCGUUACAUUCCAAGAUGAGGUAAAAUGGACCUGGUUUAGGUCAUGGGAUACAACUCGUGUCAUUUUUGCCAUAUCUCGAUAUGUGCCUUUCAUAGGCUCUGGAAUGACUGUAUAUGCUGCACUGCGUGUCAGCGGGCCGCCGGCCCCUAGUCUGGCAGAAAACAUCAUUCAUAUCAUAAGUAUCGUUGCUGCAGAAGGCUUGUUGGUUAUUCGGACGUGGGCAUUCUGGAAAAAGAGCAAAAGGGUGCUGAUUGGAUUAGUAGCUUAUGGUGCGGUGACAAUAAUCGCCGCCGUUUCCAUGAAUGUCUUUCCAAAUCACCAGUUGAUUUCAGCAGAUGUGUCUACUCUACCCGGGCAAGGCGGCUUCGAGUCGUCAAGAAAUGCUGCAUUGGUAUAUGCUAUCCUGGCACUUUUCGAAUGUGUGAUACUGGCCCUCACUACGUAUAAGAAAUUCAGCGACUACCGGCAAAUUGAGAACUCAAUCAUAACCACCGUUUAUGGCGGUAGCAUGCUUUACAUGUUGUGCAUCAUUGCCAUCACGGUCACCAAUGUGAUUAUUGACGCAGUAUUUCCGCUUGGCUACACAAACAUGUUUGAUACGUUACAACUUGUCAUUCACAGCGUCCUAGGCUCACGAAUUAUGUUCCACCUUCGGAGUAGUCAUGAUCAUACCUACGAGAUGCACCCACCAUCGAUGUCGAUGGUGUCAGAAGUUAUACAGUAUGGACAACCUUGGCAAAUGCAGACGAGCGAGAGAAGGAGUAAUGCUAGUAGUGAAGUUUGACGGCAUGCAAGCGGGCUUAGAUUGUCGUCAAGAUUGGACACGCCUUUGUUAAAGCCCACUUAAAAUAAAACGUUCAUUACAGCUACGAAUGUAUUUGAAUAAGUUCAAAGACUAUAUAUAACUUGCACGGCCCGCAAAUGAACGGAAGCAAUUCGCCUUCCACCGGA